UCCAUUCUAAUGAGAUAUUCUACGAUAAUCAUUUGGUCUUUACAGGCCAUUACUUGUGAACGGUGAAUUAAGCCCUCGGUUGGACUUUAAUAAGUGAAUUUUCAGGCCUAAUUACGUUUGCAGAAAUGUUAGUUUGUCGAGAAGAUGCUGUCAAAACCUCGACGUUUUACUUUUGAACUUCCCCCGAUUCGGCUCCAUUGUUGCCGACGCUGCUCGAACAAACCGGAAGUAGAGCUCUCCAUGGGAACCUCUAGGCACAAACCUCUUCAGUAGAUGUGAGUUUUUCACAAACAUGACUGGAGAUGGCGACUACAGCAAAUACGAUUUGGUGCACCUGCAGGCUGAACUGGAGCAAGAGAGGGAGAUGAAAGAAAUGCUUGAAGAGUCUGUGUCUGAUCUGAGGAGCACUAUGUGUGAACUGCAAGAAAGGCUGCGCAGUGUUGAUGGGGAGGAAAAUGAGUGGAAGACAAGGUAUGAGACACAGAUAGAGCUAAACAGACAGCUGGAAAGACAGAUCUCUCUCAUUCACGAGAGACUGGAGGACCUACAAGGCGACCCCGUGGAUCGAUUGGCUUCCAUCCGAGCUUACGAUGACAUGCCAGUGGAAACACUGAGACAGCGUCUGAGGCUCCUGACUGAAGAGAAGUCUGACCUCCAGAGUCAGCUGAUGGACUGUCAUCUCAGAGUUGAACAGGAGGGAAAGACAAGCAGCUUUAAAUUUUUCCAGGCAUUUCAUAAAACCAAUGACGAGAGGCGGGCAUUCCUUUCAGAAAUCACUAAGCUGUCCUCCACCAUUGAAGCCCAAAGAAGACAGUACUCCACUCAGCCACAGAGGGCGCCAGAGAGCAAACAGAGAAGCUCAGUGAGGCAGAACACUCAAAGAGGGAAGCAAGCCAGCAAGAAGGCAGAGGCUGAUUCUACAAAAGGGGAAGAGAGAGAAGAGGAUGGAGGAGAGGCGUAUGUAAAAGGAGGAGGAGGUGGUGGUGGAGCAACAACUGAGACAAAACUAGAGAAGAAAUCCCAAAGGGGAAGCAGGCUACCCAACUUAGAGCGCUACAUGAAAAACAAUCCCUAAACCAAACUUGGGGUUAUAGCCCUUUUUACAAUAAGGUAAUGUUCUCUUCUGGGUUUGCAGUAGAUACUUUCCAUAUCUACUUCUUAUACUUUCAUUGCCAGAAUGUACUUGUAUGUCCUUCAACUUUCUGUGGCUUUGUUCACAUUUCCCAAAGGCUGAUUGCUAGAAAACAUUGUGGUUCCUAUGUAAAUUUUCUACACAGUCAGUAUUGUAAUUCAGUGUUUAUUUUACAGUUGAUGGCAAAUACAGUGGUACACUGAUCUCAUGGUAUAAAAUGUUACAUUUA